CAUGUUUCUAGAAGAUUAAAAAAACAAUUUAUCAGAUCAGGUGGACAAUCGUAAUUCAUAAACGAAGCUAUUAUAAAGAUAAAUUAGUAUAUUUAAAUAUUUGAUGAACUUAACAAAGAUUUAAAAGCAAUGAAAGAAACAGAGGGAAGAGACAGACUUAUCACCAACGAAGAAGAAAACAAAAGAGAUUGAACUUGGAAGAAGGAGAGAAAACAAACACACACACAGACGGCGUAGAAGUUGGUAAAAAAAACUAUUUAUAAACUCACAACCUUACUGGAUUCCUUCACAAGUUAGGGUAUCGUUUUCUUUUUUGCAUAAAAAAAAAUAUAUAUCUAUACAUAUUAUUCAUAGGAGUCGAACGUGGGUUGCUUAGGAAACAUUGGGAGUCCCGAAACCAUAUUGAUAUAUCAUAUUUUCAGAAUUGAGGGCCUUUUAAAAGCCUAUAUAUUUGGGGGCCUGAGGCAAAUGCCUUUUUUCUUACCCAUAGGCACGACCCUGGAUCUAACGUGUCAAGUGAAAGGGCUGAGGAAAAUGCGUGAUGAUUUCUUAGCUACUGUGUUUGGGGAAGAAAAACUAAGUAUAGGGGCAUCUGAUAUAAAACCGAGUUUCAUGAGGGACUGGUUCCAGGGAAAUAAAAUUCUUGUUGUUUUUGAUGACGUGAGUAAUUCUAGAGAUGUAGAAACUGUACUUGGAGGGUAUGUCUGGUUUUCUCAUGGUCACAGAAUCAUCUUAACCUCUAGGAGAAAACAAGUUCUUGUACAGUGCAAGGCUAAAGAGCCAUACGAGUUCCAAAAGCUAUGCGAGUUUGAAUCUUCUCGUCUUUGCAAGCAAUAUUUGAAUGGAGAAGAUGUGGUCAUCUCGGAACUUAUGAGCUGCAGUAGUGGUAUCCCAUUGGCUCUCAAUGUUUUAGGUUCCUCUGUAUCGAAGCAGGAUAGAAGCAAUAUGAUGGAACAUCUACAAAGCUUGCGGAGAAAUCCUCCAACUCAGAUUCAAGACGCAUUUAAGAGAAGCUUUGGUGGACUAGACGAAAACGAAAAGAACAUAUUCUUGGAUCUUGCAUGUUUUUUCACAGGGGAGAACAAAGAUGAUGUGGUGCAACUACUUGAUGCUUGCGGGUUUUUUACAUAUUUGGGAAUCUCUGAUCUCAUUGACGAGUCUCUCAUUAGCGUUGUAGAUAAUAAAAUAGAGAUGCCUGUUCCUUUUCAAGACAUUGGUCGAUUUCUAGUUAAUGAAGAAGACGAGAAUCCAUGCGAACGUAGCAGACUAUGGGACUCUAAAGACAUUUCUAAUGUAUUGACAUGUAAUUCUGGAACUGACUCGAUCGAAGGCAUUUUCAUGGAUGCAUCUGACUUGACCUGUGAGCUUAGUCCUACUGUGUUUGGUAAGAUGUAUAGACUUAGAUUGCUGAAGCUCUAUGGGAACCAGUGCAAGCUACGUUUAUCUCAAGGCCUCGAGACUUUGCCUGAUGAGCUCAGGUUACUUCACUGGGAGAAUUACCCUCUGAAAUGCUUGUCUCAAAAAUUUAAUCCUGAGAACCUUGUAGAGGUAAACAUGCCUUAUAGCAACAUGAAGAAGCUAUGGGAAGGGAAGAAAAGUCUCGAGAAGCUAAAGAAAAUUAAACUGAGUCACUCCAGAAACUUAGCUGACAUUACGGUGUUAUCAGAAGCCCUGAACGUUGAACAUAUUGAUCUCGAAGGAUGUACGAGUCUUGUUGACGUUAGCACAUCUAUUCCUAGUUGUGGGAAGCUUGUUUCCUUGAAUUUGAAAGACUGUUCACAGUUGGUAAAGCUGCCUGCUAUGUUCGGGUUAACAUCUCUCAAGCUUCUUCGUAUGUCUGGUUGUUCAGAGCUCGAGGAGAUUGAGGAUUUUGCACCAAACUUGAUAGAGUUAUAUCUAUCUGGGACUUCCAUAAGAGAACUUCCAUUGUCAAUCGAGAGUCUUUCUGAACUUGUUACACUUGAUCUUGAGCACUGCACAAGGCUUAAGUAUCUACCAAACGGAAUAAGCAACUUACGAUCUAUGGUGGAGCUUAAGCUGUUUGGUUGCACAAGUCUUGAUCAAAAAAGCUUGGAAUCUACAUGAUUUCGCCUAGGAGAAGUUGAAAAGGUGAGGUCACUCGGAAGGAAACAAAAAGGUGUUUCACGGUCGGUAAUCUUUGUGUUUCAUGUUUACUGAUAGAUUUGAUGAUCUUCAUAAUUUUUUUUCUUUUUUCUUACUUGGCCAACAGGCCGAACACAACCAUACGUCUUGGUUAAUAUUCAUAAUCACCACCACCAGCCAAAUCAUGGCCACACAAGACAACACACUCACGUGUGUGAAAACCAAAUACCAGAAUUUUUGUCUAUAGAGUUUGGAUAAAUCUCAUUACCAACUCACAAUUAGAACAAAAAGAAAGAAAGACUCCAACGUUAAAAGAAGCGAUGGAGGAAGGUCAAAAUAAAAGAUAGAGAAACUCAAAUUUCAAACUCAAACCAUAAACCACAUCAAAGAUCUUGGCUCUGAUACCAUAAUAGAUUUGAUGAGAGUAAGAAUACAAAGGUGUUUAGGAAGAAUUAAUAUUAGACUGUCAUGAUUGUACUUGUACAAGAUACAUUCUCUUAUAUAGAGAUGAGUU